CUUCUAUCUGCAAGAAGGGGUGCUGCCCCAAUCACAGCAGGUUCCAGUGCUGGGUGCAGGGAGCUGUGUGUUUUUAUGGGUUACUGUCUGGAUGAGAAGAGAAGGCAUGAGAGGUGGAGGGACUUUUCCACGCUACACAGGACCGUUGUUCUGUAGCAUUUGAAUUAGGGGACGGGGAGCAGGAUGGAAGCUGGUGACGGGCAGAAGCUGGAAGCCAGAAGGAGACUCAGACCAGGAGGGGAAGCGAGAGUCUGAGUAGGUGUCCAGAGUGGAGGGAGGAGCACAAUUGCAUUGUCGCAGAGAUUCAGGGAAGGCUGGUGUUCGGAGAAGGAAGUCAGAAGAGAGUGCUGUGUCUAGGGUAGGUUGGGUAGAACAGACGUCAAAGACCUACUUUCUAAGAGAAAGAAAGAACAUCUGCAAGUACGAUGCUGUUCCUGCAACUUGUGUUGCUGGCGGUUCUCCUUGCAGGUGGUGACAGUGAAGACGCCUUCCAGGAGCCAAUCUCCCUCCGAAUCAUCCUGACCUCAUCCUUUUACAACCGUUCCUGGACACAAAAUCAAGGCUCAGCUUGGGUGGAUGGGCUGCAGACUCAUGGCUGGGACAACAAGACUGGCGCUUUCAUUUUCCUGUGGCCUUGGUCCAGGGGCAACUGGAGCACUGAGCAGCUGAGCAAAUUGGAGAAGUUGUUGUACACAUACUACAUUGGAUUACGUCAAGUGUUUCAAGACCAUGUCCGACAAUGGCAGCUUGAAUGUAAAUUCAGUUUCCUCAGGGAAGGAGGGAUGGAGGUGGCAGAUCCAUUUCAGGUGCAGCUGGCAGAAGGCUGUGAGCUACACUUUGGGGAAGCAUCAGUAGGAUUCGUGCGGAUUGCUUAUCAAGGGGCAGAUCUCGUGAGCUUCCAGAACUUGACAUGGUGGCCAUCUCCAGAGGGAGGAAGUCGGGCUCAGGAGGUCUGCAAACUAUUCAAUCAGUACCAUGUGUUCAAUGAGGGACUACACACACUCUUUAGUGACUCCUGCCCCCAGUUCCUCUUGAGUCUUCUUGAUGCGGGGAAGGCAGCUCUCCAGCGACAAGUGAGGCCAGAGGCCUGGCUGUCUGCUCACCCCAGUCUGGGUCCUGGCCAUCUGCUGCUGGUGUGCCACGUCUCUGGCUUCUACCCCAAGCCCGUGUGGGUGAUGUGGAUGCGGGGUGAGCAGAAGCAGCGGGGCACCCAGCGAGGCGACGUCCUGCCCCAUGCUGAUGGGACGUGGUAUCUCCGAGUGACCCUGGACAUGGAGGCCCGGGAGGCAGCUGGCCUGUCCUGCCGAGUGAGACACAGCAGUCUAGGAGACCAGGACAUGGUCCUCUACUGGGAGCAGCCCCACUCCAUGGGCUUGGUCUUCCUGGCGGUGAUAGUGCCCCUGGUGCUUCUGGCAGGUCUGGCGCUGUGGCUCUGGAAGCGCUGGAAAACACACUGGAGAUGUCCAUGCACUGACCUCCGUUCUGGGCGAGAUCCCAGCAGCCCAGGCUCCAGUACUUACCUAAACCCAGCUUAGUGGUGAUGUUCUUGCAACUCUGUGUGCAACUUUGUCCUUCAGUUCUGCUUAAUGAUCUGUUGUCAGUUUAAGUUCAGUGUAAUUUUGUGGGAUUUGUUUGUGACCCGAUUCUGGGAGUUUAAAAUUCAAAAUUUAACUCUGGUGGAAUAAAGUCCCAGAACCUGCAUGGGACGUCAGGCAUCAAAUCUCAGUUCCUCAGAGCCUUCCCUGAUUUACUAGUGGAAACAGUGUCUGCCUGGUGAAAAUUCCCUCAAUGUUUCCUUGCACUUUGGUAAAUCUAUUUCUGACCCCACCCAGUGUUGUCCCCAGUGAGGUCCCUUCUCUCCUUCUAAUGCUUAGUCCUCUUGAGAUCAAAGUCCAUGUUUUGUUUUCUUUCGUUUUGUUGUUUUGUUUUCAACUAUUUGCAUCCUUGGCAAGGUGUCUCACCUGGAAUGAUGUGCUCAAUAAAAACCUGUGUUGGAUUUUUGCCAA